CAGGCACAUGCGAUUAUAAUCCCCUCAAUGCGUCGGCACUCAACGGUAGUUGGACCAUCCUACUCGAUAUUCAGCAACGCAUCAACGGAGGCAAUUUACGGCCGAGGACCCCUCCGGCAAUCGCCAAUUUCAAUUGCAUGAUUGCGAGGUUGCCGUCGCAAAUCUGAGAUCAUCUGCGGCUUUUGCCACCAGACUUUGGAUGACCUCGUCCGUUCUUGUACCAUACUCAGGGUGCGAUCUCGAUCGUCCGUGGGAACAAUCACAGCAAGACACAAAUCCGGCCGCGGGACACUAUCCUUCAUGCAUUUCUAAUCGGCGAUUCUUUCGAGCACAUCAUACUCCUCCUACAACCCACUUGGGUGCGAAAUGUCUCUCGAUGUCGCCCUUCAGUCCGUUGCAUUCUACGUCCUGUCGUGCAGCACAUGCGCCAAGAUAAACCAUCGACGGAAAGCGAAGAUACAGGCAAAGAGAGAGCGAGCAGAGAAGCAUGAAUUGGAGACGGAGCAGCCUGGCUUGUACCGGCACCCUUCGCCGUUCUCUACAAAUCCGUAUUGGGCCGAAGAAAUUAGGAUGGGACCUGGGCCGCCGAAUAAAAAAUUAGAGAAAGAGUGCAAGAAUAACAGCCAAGCGGCAUUGAAUACAGGACCGGGGAGCAGUUCCGCGAACAGCGCUAGUAUGAGUACGGGAGCAGCAAGCAGUCCUACAGCUGUUACAUCGCAAGCUUCUGGCGAGGCCUGGAAUCAGAUGCGAUAUCAAAGAGAGGAUGAGGAUCUUUGGGGUCACGAGACACAGGGGCCGGGUCAGAGGAUUAUGGAUGCUAUUACCCGCGCGGGUGAGACAGCAGGCCGCCUGUUGGAAGGGCGCUUGAGUAGGACCGUGACGGAGGAAGAGAACCCGAGGUCAUAUUAUUUGGCCAAGAAUCCACCAGUCAAUGAUCUUCAUCCUCCUGUGGUGAGCACGCAACCAGCCAGUAGGGACGAGACGAGAUGGAUGCUACAGCCCCCUCCGCCAGCAAAGGUAAUGGAAGGGAAGGAGCGGGUGAACAGGAAUCGAGCGGCUAGCAAUACCAGCAGUCGGAGAGGACCAGAAGAGUCUCUUGGUCGACAGGUUGCUGAAAGGCUGGUUGAUGCUAAGGUACAGCGAGCGGGUACACCUUCACAUUCUGAUGUGGGAAGAACUUCGUCGCAAAGAACUUCAUCACAACGAACUUCGUCGCGCCCUACUUCAUCGCGCCCUCAAUCCCGACCCAAGACAUCAAAUUCGAAUCGUCCCAAGGGGCAGCGCCAUGAAAGGAGUACAAGCAUAUCUUCUGCUUCGUCGGGGUCGGAGUCGGAUGGAACAACUAUGAAGAGAAAACGAAAACCGCCCAACCUAUCAAUAUCACCUACAUCAACUUCUCCUACUACUAUUGAACAUAUUCCUAUUCCCUCAUCUCCGGUCGCCACCACAACGGAAGUACAAGAACAUUCCGAUAAACCAACUCCCUCCACAGACGUCAGCUCCUCCGUUUCCUCUCCCCAGGACAAGAAAGAGAAUGGAGGGCAUUUAGCCCUUCGAGAACUCUCUCCUCCUUCAGCGAAUAGAGCCGCCAAUUCGCGGACUCCCUCACCUUCUAAUAGGCUUCCGCCCAAUGCCAAUUCAAUGCCUGUGACGAUCCCAACUGUCCAGUCAAAAUUCCCUGGUGCUGACACAUUUAUAUUUCCAAAUCCUAAGACCGCAGAAAACACGGAGCCAGCUGGUCUAGGCAUAGAGCUAGAUGCGACGAAAGCGAACUGAGCACCAUACCGAUGCUAGAAAAACGAUCUUUACACUGUAUUUCUUAUCGUCUCGACAACCGCCUUUCCUUGUGUUUAUUGUAUAUUUAAAGAAAGGAACGGACUGAGUCAUGCAUGGCGAGGCGCUUGGCUAUCUGGUUUAUGGGCUGAGCGGAUUGAUGAAUGGCAUUAGGUUAGGCUUUUCAUGCCUAGGUAUGCAUUGUGGGUUCCUUGGAUAAAAUUAGUAGUGGUAGAAGAUUGUUUAUGAUUAUCAAAACCUUGAAAACCGUUUCCAAU